CGAUGCAAAAGAAGCCCACCAUUGCAAAAGCUUCAAAGGUGGAAUUGCUUUCUAAGACAAGGGACUAGUCAAAACAAAAAAUUGACAACCCUUUUAAGCACUACAAACCAUGGCACUGUAUGUGUACAUAACAUAGCCCAUGAACACUGUUCUUUCUAUCUUUAGUUGUAUAGUAUGCUUCAUAUCAAAAAGGCAAUUGGGUUUUUUGGGGUUUGCAUUUGAUAUGGCUAAGAUCAUAUUUUGUUCAUGAACCACCAAGUUUGGUUCAGCUUUUUAUACAAAAGAAAGAAACCCAUCUCUUGAAUUUUUCUAUAGUGGGGUCUAAACACAAUUUUGUUGCCACGCUAUGCAUGAAGUAAAAUGGCGGGGAGGUUCCACUUUGAAGCCGUAUUUGAAGUUCAUAGAAGCAAGAGUUUCAAAGCACAAGCGUUCUCAUAGUGAUCCAGUUCUAAUAAAAGUUGAGAAACCUAAACUGAAUAACAUGUUUGAAGCUUCUCAUAAACUUGAAAAGGACAAAAUGGAACCUCCGGAGGACUCUGUUGAAGCCAGGAAUAGAGUGUCUCCCAACACAAAAAUUCAAGAUUCUUUGAAGGAAGAGAUUAUAGAGCUCCAGGACCAAUUACGGGACCAGUUUGAAAUGCACCAUGCGUUGGAGAAGGCAAUGAAUUAUGUCCCUUUUCCCUAUGAUACUAAGAAUGAUGGCUCAAUCCCAAAGGCUACCAAGGAACUAAUUAAGGAAAUUGCAGUAUUAGAACUGGAAGUUAUUCAUUUGGAACGGUAUCUUCUCUCUUUGUAUAGAGACACAUUUGAUCAACAAUUUUCAUCUCAACAAGGCCUUGAUGAAAUAUGUAAAAAUUCAAUCACGCACAAAAGGAUGUUUCCAGCAGUUCCAAGACAAGAUAUCACGACAGAUAAUCACAAUUCAGUUAAUCAGUCAAGUCAUCUUACUUUUCAUCAAAAUUCAAAAGGAAAUCAACCUAUGGAAUGCAAUGGCAGUUGGGGACCAGAAAAGCUGUUAGAUUCUAGUAUCCACCAAUAUCAAUACUCAGUAUCUCAGCGUUCAAUUGGCUCUCCUUCAAGCAAAUCUGUAUCUAGAGCUGUAGACUUAUAUCAUUCCCUCCCAUUGUCAAUGCUGGAGCAUGCCCAGAAUAACGAUUCAAAUGCCAGUUUAGCGGAUUAUCUUGGAACCAAUACUCAAGAUUAUGUUUUUGAGACUCCAAACUUAAUCUCAGAGGAGAUGAUCAAGUGCAUCUCAUCCAUAUACUGUGAUCUGGCGGAUCCACCUUUGAUAGGUCGUGACUAUCCUUCUCCCAUUUUAUUUUCUUCAUCACAAAUUGAGUUGCCAGCACAAGGCCAGUGUGAAAUGUGGAGCUUUCAUUGUGGAAACUUCCCAUCCGCCAAUUUAUAUGUUGACAACCCUUUUCAUAUUGGAGCAUCAAAGGAACUAAAUGGACCAUACUGCACAAUGGCAAUGGUGCAGUGGAUUAAUAGAGAUAGUGAGAAGCUAAAAGAUGUGCAGCAGAAGCUGCAAGAUUUUCGGUCACUUGUCUCCAAGUUGGAAGCAGUUGAUCCUCGAAAAUUAAAACACGAGGAGAAGCUAGCUUUUUGGAUCAAUGUGCACAAUGCACUAGUUAUGCAUGCAUUUUUGGUAUAUGGGAUUCCGCAUAGUAAUAUGAAAAGGAUGUCUUUAAUACUAAAGGCUGCAUAUAAUGUGGGUGGUCACACUGUUAACAUAGACAUGAUACAGAAUUCUAUUCUGGGGUGUCACCUGCUGCGUCCAGGACAAUGGUUGCGGCAUCUGUUUUCAUCAAAGCCAAAAUUCAAAGUUGGAGAUCCUAGGAAAUUAUAUUCCAUCAAGCACCCUGAACCUCGCUUACACUUUGCUCUUAGUGCAGGAUGCCGUUCUGAUCCAGCGGUUCGAGUGUACACUCCCAAGAGAGUGUUCGAGGAUCUGGAAGCUGCAAUGGAAGAGUAUGUUCAGUCAAACUUAAUUAUAUAUCAGGAUAAGAAACUCCAUCUGCCAAAGCUUGUGGAGUGCUUUGCCAAGGAGUUGGAUCUUUGUCCUGAUGGUUUGCUGCAUAUGAUAGAACACUUACUGCCUAAUUCUUUGAGGAAGAGCAUUCAAGAUUUUCAAUUCAGAAAAUCUGGCAAGAGCAUUGAGUGGAUUCAUCACAACUUCGCAUUCCGUUAUCUGCUUUCAAAAGAAUUAGUCCAGUGAUCUUAUCUAUUAUGCAGGUAUGGGUGAGAUUACAAGUGUUGGGACUAAUGAGCAGUCCUGUUCUUCCAUAUUUGUCUGUUCUGCUAGAUCCAUAAUCGGGAAUGACAGGAGAAUCAUAACUAAAUUUUACAGUCAACUAGGUACUGCCAAGUUGAUUUUUUAACUC